AUGGUGAAGCUUUGUGUUGCUCACAUUGGGUACAUGAUCAGCAAAGACCAGUCCCCAGAAAAGGACAUCGUGUUUGGAAAAACAGAGUGUCAAACAAGGAGAGAAAUCCUCCAUGAAAAGGACCAACACAAUCAUCACAACAGACUCAAGAUGAAAGAUGAUGGAGAUGUCACAGGACCAAUGUUUCUGUCUGCCAAGGGUGGUGAACAGGAUCAAGACGAUAAUGAGAACCAUGAAUAUAAAAUCAGCAUUAGUGGAAAAACUGUAACACUGGAAUGCCCACUAUCUGGCGAAAUAAAAUGGGAAAAAAAUGGGAAAACUCUUGGCUCUUCUGAACCUGUGUACACUAUGGUGGAUUUUUCCGAAGUGGACAACAGUGGUUGUUAUGCCUGCUACAAUAAUGAGAAUGAUAAGAAGUACUUCCUCUACCUGAAAGCACGAGUGUGUGAGAACUGCCUGGAGCUGGACCCCCUUGUGGUGAUCGCCAUUGUCAUUGUUGAUGUCUGUAUCACGCUGGGCUUGCUAUUGGUGGUGUAUUACUGGAGCAAGAACCGGAAGGCCAAGUCCAAACCUGUGACUCGGGGAGCAGCCAGUGGUGGAAGACCCAGAGGACAAAAAAAGGAGAAGCCACCACCUGUUCCCAACCCAGACUAUGAGCCCAUCCGGAAAGGCCAGCGGGACCUCUAUGCUGGUCUGAAUCAGAGAAAUAUCUGA